GCCCGCUCAGACGCCGCGGGAGCGCGCAGAGGUGCAUUGCGAAGCCGAAGCGGAGACCGAGCAGGUUGGUCGAUGGUCCGCGAGACUGACCGCAAAAAAGUCCGGGAAAGAAAAGUGCGACAACCGGACGCGAGGUUUUGGCGGCGCUCUCCGAGGACUCACCCCGCGCGCCUGUUUCAAUCUUCCGUUUGGAACGAGAAGAACGGAUUUCCACCAUGUCGGGGACCAGGGAGGAGGAGAGGAGGAAGCUGGCCGACAUCAUUAACCACUGGAACGCCAACCGGCUCGACCUGUUCGAGAUCAGCCAGCCCACAGAGGACCUGGAGUUCCACGGCGUCAUGCGGUUCUACUUCCAGGACCGGGUUGCCGGUAACUUUGCCACAAAGUGCAUCAGAGUGUCCAGCACGGCGACAACGCAGGACGUCAUCGAGACGCUAGCCGAGAAGUUCAGGCCGGACAUGAGGAUGCUCUCCUCUCCCAAAUACUCGCUGUACGAGGUCCACGUCAGCGGCGAAGAGCGUCAGCUGGACCUGGACGAGAAGCCGCUCGUGGUGCAGCUGAACUGGAACAAAGACGACAGGGAGGGGCGCUUCGUCCUGAAGAACGAGAACGACGUCCCGCCGAAGAAGAGCCAGAGUAACGGGCCAGAGAGGGAGAAGGACGGAGUGAUCCAGAACUUCAAGAGAACACUGUCCAAGAAGGAAAAGAAGAAGGAGAAAAAGAGGGAGAAGGAGUUUAUUCGAAUGCCUGAUGAAGACGAGAGGACGCUCGGCCGUGAAGACGGGGAAAACAGUCGACUGGCGGCGGAGGUUUAUAAAGACAUGCCGGAGACCAGCUUCACCAGAACCAUCUCCAACCCGGAGGUGGUGAUGAAGAGGAGGCGUCAGCAGAAGGUGGAGAAACGCAUGCAGGACUUCAUCAACAACGAUGGAAGACCAGAUUCAGGAGGAACCCUGAGGAUCUACGCAGACAGCCUGAAGCCCAACAUCCCCUACAAGACCCUCCUGUGCUCCGUGAGAGACACGGCCGACCUGGUGGUGGUGGAGGCGCUGGAGAAGUACGGCCUGGAGAAGGAGAACCCCAGAGAGUUCUGCAUUGCUCGGCAAGAGGAGAAGACCGGGAAGGAGGUGAUUCUGGACGACAGCGAGUGUCCCCUGCAGAUCCUCAGAGACUGGCCUGCUGACCGAGGAGUGUUAGUGUUCCAGCUGAAGAAGAAACCUCCCGACUACCAGGGCAGGAAGGGCAGGAAGAUGGAAGACAAGGGUCUCCGAGGAAAGGAGGGUCUGCUGCCGCCGGAAAAACUGCCCUAUUUGGUGGAACUGAGUCCAGGCCGGGGGAAUCACUAUGCCUACUACGCCUAUCGGCACCCAGAAGAUGGGUCGGACUCUCGGGACAAACCAAAGAUGUACCGCCUCCAGCAGAGCAUCACAGAGGUGGGCUCCGACUGCACGGACGAUGGCGCCAUCCAGCUCCUGGGUCCAGGAGUCCUCCCCCAUCACUGCAACCUGAUGCACAGUGAAGGCAUGGUGACGGUCACGCCGCACGGCCCCGAUGCAGAAACCUUCAUAGACCGGCAGCGCGUCACUGAGACCACCGUGCUGCAUUCAGGCUCCACCCUCCAGUUCGGUUCGGCUCACGUCUUCAAGUUUGUGGACCCGCUGUUUGACCAGGGGGGGAAGAGGGAUCCGCCCAGCGCCAUGAGGGGCAGACACAAGUCUGGCAGCGUGCCAGAAAACGACCUUCACAGAGACGUCCACAGCGGAGCCGCGCUGCCAACCAGCAAGAGUUCAGGAAAGCUGGAGAUGGAGAGAGGCAUGGUGAAGCCCAUGAUCCGAGGAGAGCAGCUGGACAGCAGGUCCCAGGACGCGUUGGCAGAACGAACAGAGCUGUGUCUUCCCGCCAGCAUCGAGUUCAGAGAAAACUCUGAAGACACCUUCCUGUCUGCCAUCAUCAACUACACCAACAGCUCCACCGUUCACUUCAAGCUCUCCCCCACCUACGUGCUGUACAUGGCGUGCCGCUUCGUCCUGUCGCCGGCGUACCGGCCCGACAUCUCGCCGUCAGAGAGGACGCACAAAGUCAUCGCCAUCGUCAACAAGAUGGUGAGCAUGAUGGAAGGAGUCAUCCAGGACAUGCGUGAAGGGGAUCAGAAGCAGAAGAACAUCGCCGGAGCGCUGGCGUUCUGGAUGGCCAACGCCUCCGAGCUGCUGAACUUCAUCAAACAGGACCGAGACCUGAGUCGGAUCACUCUGGACGCCCAGGACAUCCUGGCCCACCUCGUCCAGAUGGCCUUCAAGUACCUGGUCCACUGUCUGCAGGCGGACCUGAACAACUACAUGCCAGCUUUCCUGGACGACCCUGAGGAGCACAACCCUCAGAGUCCCAAGAUAGAGGACGUCCUGCACACGCUGUCGGGCGCCAUGUCCCUACUGCGGCGCUGCCGGGUCAAUGCCGCACUGACCAUCCAGCUGUUCUCUCAGCUGUUCCACUUCAUCAACAUGUGGCUGUUCAACAAGCUGGUGACGGAUGCAGACUCAGGGCUGUGCUGUCACUACUGGGGGGCCAUCCUGAGGCAGCAGCUCAGCCACAUCGAGGCGUGGGCCGAGAAGCAGGGCCUGGAGCUCGCCGCUGACUGCCACCUGAGUCGCAUCGUGCAGGCCACCACCCUGCUGACCAUGAACAAGUACUCCAAGGAGGACGUGCAGAACAUCCACAGCACCUGCUUCAAGCUGAACUCUCUGCAGCUUCACGCCUUACUGACCAACUACCACUGUGCCCAGGGGGAGCCCUACAUCCCUCCGGAACUGAUCAACGAGGUGGUGGCGGUGGCAGAGAACACCGCCGAUGAGCUGGCGAGGAGUGACGGCAGAGAGGUGCAGCUGGAAGAGGAUCCGGACCUGCAGCUGCCCUUCCUCCUCCCUGAAGACGGUUACUCCUGCGACGUGGUGCGUAACCUCCCCAACGGCCUGCAGGACUUCCUGGAGCCGCUGCUGCAGAGAGAUUUCUGCCGGCUGCUUCCUCAUCCGCGCUCUCCCGGUACUUGGACCGUCCACUUUGAAGGAGCCGACUGUGACAACCACUUCUCUGCUGCUGAAACCUCCGACAUGCCAAUGAGGAAAGAACCGGAGGUUGUCACGGUAACGCUGAAGAAGCACAACGGCAUGGGCCUGAGCAUCGUGGCCGCCAAGGGCGCCGGGCAGGAGAAGCUAGGGAUCUACAUCAAGUCUGUGGUUAAAGGUGGAGCUGCGGAUAACGACGGCCGUCUGGCGGCAGGCGACCAGCUGCUGAGCGUGGACGGCCGCAGCCUGGUGGGACUGUCGCAGGAGAGAGCGGCAGAGCUGAUGACGAGGACGGGCGCCGUCGUGACUCUGGAAGUUGCCAAGCAGGGCGCCAUUUACCACGGUCUGGCGACGCUCCUCAACCAGCCGAGCCCCAUGAUGCAGAGAGCCGCAGACCGAGGCCGCGACAAGAACGGCAAGAUGCGGCCGAAGAGCGAAGGCUUCGAACUCUACAGCAACUCCGUGCAGAACGGGUCUCCGGAGAGCCCGCAGCCCGGAUGGGACCCCUACCCCGAACCCAAGAAGACGGGGGAGGACAGACUCCUGAAGAACCGCCUGGACCACCGCUCCAGCCCCAACGUGGCCAACCAGGGCCAGAGUCCUGCCAGCAAGUCCAUGUACCCCGGAGGCCCCGGCACCAAGAUCACCUCCGUCUCCACGGGGAACCUGUGUGCAGACGACGAGCCCUCCCCUCCUCACCCAGAGGCCUACCCCAUCCCCACCCAGACCUACCCCAGGGAGUACUUCACUGUCCCGGCCUCCAAGAGCCAGGACCGCGUGGUCGGCAUGGGUCAGGGCCCCCCCCAGCACUGGCAGGGCAUGGAGGACAGAGAGCGCCUCCCCCUGAUGGACAGCCUCCACAACAGCAUGCAGAGGGUCGACCACUCGCAGGAGGACCUGUACCCGCCCCCGGGGGGCCUCCGACCUGACGAGCGCCUACUGCCACACUACCCACAGGAUUACCAGCCCCCUCACCGAGACCUGGACUACCAGAGGGCCCCCCCAGGAGGUCACGGAGGGCUGGACCACUGGCCCCCCCAGCCUCAGGUGUCCUCCUCGUUGGAGUCGUCCACCUCCAGCCAGGAGCACCUGAACUUCUCCGCCUCGUCCUCCAAAAGCACCACCCAGAAGACCGGGCCGGGCCGCUGGAAGACCCCCAACGCGCCCCACGCCGGCCCCCCACACAUGGGCCAGGCGCCGUCCCGCUCCGACCUGCCCCCGCCUCCCCCGCCGCCUCCCGCUCCCUACGAUCACUACGACCCUCAGGCUGAGCUGCCACUGCCGCCGCCCCCCGCCAUCGCCCCGGUAACGGCCCAGCAGGCGGCCGACCGCAGGAAGAGGGAGGAGCAGCAGAGGUGGUACGAGAAGGAGAAGGCGCGUCUGGAGGAGGAGAGGGAGAGGAAGAGGCGGGAGCAGGAGAGGAAGCUGGGCCAGAUCCGGCCCAAUCCCGUGAUGCCCGUCCAACCCCAAAACAACGGUGGGCCCAUGCUCCCCCCUCACCACCAGCCCCCCAUGGCCUCUGUGGCCCCGCCCCAGCCGUACCAGCUCCAGCCUCCACCAACCAGACCAGAGAAACUGUCCAGCCUGCCGCGGUCGGCGGUGCCCCCGCCCGCCAGCGCUUCCACAGGUGUGGACACGGUGAUCCGGGAGCUGCUCCCCCAGCAGCAGCCCAGAACCAUCGAGAGGCGGGACCUGCAGUACAUCACCAUCAGUAAGGAGGACGUCCUGACCAGCGACAGCCUGUCUCCGGACCCGUGGAAGAGAGACGCCCGCGAGAAGGCCGAGAAGCAGCAGCAGCUCCACAUCGUGGACCUGCUGGACAAGGAGAUCCAGGAGCUCCAGGCCAAGCCGGAGAGGACGGCGGAGGAGAGCGACCGGCUCCGGAAGCUGAUGCUGGAGUGGCAGUUCCAGAAACGGCUGCAGGAGUCCAAGCAGAGCGAGGAGGACGAGGAGGAGGAGGACGACGAAGACGUGGACACCAUGCUGAUCAUGCAGAGGCUGGAGGCCGAGAAGAGAGCCAGGCAGCAGACUGCUGUCCCAGCUAUCUCUGUUCUAGACUUGCUGCAGGACGAGGAGCGGCGCCGCAAGCAGCAGCUGGAGGAGAUCCGGAAGCGGGAGGCGGAGGAGCAGGCCAAGCAGCAGCUGGAGGAGGAAAGGAGGUGGAGGGAAGAGGAGCGCGUCAGGCGGGAGGCGGAGGAGAAGAGGAGACAGGAGGAGGAGUACUACGCCCGCCUGGAGGCGGAGCGGCGGCGGCAGCACGAGGAGGCGGAGAGAAAGCUGCUGACCCCCGACGAGCCGGCCGGAUUUGGUUCACACACUGGAAACCCGGCAGGCGUUGUAGGAACCGGAGAAGUCUACAAGGAUCCGAGGGACCGAUGGGCCAAGAGUCAGGAGCAGGAGAACUCCGUCCCCGGCGGCGCCCCCGAGAGCCUCACCUUCAAGGAGCGCCAGCGUCUCUUCUCCCAGGGGAAGGAGGUGUCCAACAAGGUCAAGGCGUCUCGCAAACUCAUGGAGCUGGAGAACGAGCUCAACACCAAGCAGUAGGGCCCAGGCGUCGCCACGGAGACGCCGCCUCCGCUGAACUGCAGCCUCCGGCGCCGCCGUCUAGCCCUCCCUGCCUCUGUCGCUCACAGACGUAGAUCGAUAAAGCACUGUACAUUUUGAAUCCUAUGUAGUUCAGAGGAGGAGGAUCUAUUUUUGUUUGGAAAGUGGUUCUGGGGUGAAGGAUCAGACUAUUCUCAUUUUUAAUUUUUUAAAUAUGAACAUUUUUAUCCUUUUUUUUGUUCUUUCCGUGUUUCUUUCAUAACUCCGGUUCUGUUCUGCUGCAGAACCGGUUCCAGCCUGGUCCUGGUUCCUUUGUUCAGCAUUGCAUCCACAGCUGCAGUUCUUCUGAACUGAGAGGAUGUUUCUGUAAAUACUGCAGUGACCCCCCCCCCCCGGUUCUCUCACGGCGCCGGUUCUCCCUCCGUUUGCUUUUACAGAUAUUUAUUUCAGACUUUAAAUGUAGCUCAGCAGGAACAUCUCAGCUGAUCGGAGACACUUUUCCUUUGUAGGUUUCAAACCAACCAAUCAGAUGUUUAGCCUUUUGUAAAUCAUUAAUAAAUAGAUUUUUCAACA